AUGGCCUCCCUCGGUCCAGUGAGCACAGAAGUUUGCUGUGACAUAUUCAGGGAGCUGAGAAGCCAGAGUGUCCAGGAGAAUGUCUGCUACUCCCCUCUGCUCAUCAUUUCAACCCUCUCCAUGGUCUACAUAGGUGCAAAAGAUAACACCAAGGCUCAGAUAGAAAAGGCUGUCCACUUUGAUAAAAUCCCAGGAUUUGGAGAGAGUGUUGAAUCUCAGUGUGGCACAUCUGUGAGCAUCCACAAUUCACUUAAGGAUGUCUUCACCCAAAUCACCAAACCAAGUGACAAUUAUUCAGUCAGCAUUGCCCGCAGACUUUAUGCUGAAGAGAAAUACCCAAUUCUGCCGGAAUACAUUCAAUGUGUGAAGGAACUGUAUCAGGGAGGUUUGGAUUCUAUCAGCUUUCAAACAGCUGCAGAAAAAUCCAGAGAGCUCAUAAAUUCCUGGGUUGAAAGUCAGACAAAUGGGUCGAUCAAAAAUAUCCUUCAGCCAAGCUCUGUGAGUUCACAAACUGACAUGGUCCUGGUCAGUGCCAUCUACUUCAACGGAUUGUGGGAGAAAGCAUUUAAGGAAGAAGAUACCCAGACAGUUCCUUUCAGAAUUUCUGAGCAAGAAAGCAAACCUGUGCAGAUGAUGUCUCAGAUUGGCACAUUUAAAGUGGCAGAGAUCCCUUCUGAGAAAUGCCGAGUCCUGGAGCUUCCAUAUGCCAGUGGGCGGCUGAGCCUGUGGGUGCUGCUGCCUGAUGACAUCUCUGGCCUGGAGCAGCUUGAGACAGCAAUUACCUUUGAAAAUCUCAAUGAAUGGACCAGUUCCAAUAAGAUGGAAGAGAGGAAAAUUAAAGUUUAUCUCCCCCGCAUGAAGAUUGAGGAAACAUACAACCUCACAUCUGUCUUAAAAUCCCUGGGUAUCACCGACCUGUUCAGUUCAUCAGCCAAUCUGUCUGGCAUCUCUUCAGAAGAGAGCCUGAAGGUGUCUGGAGCAUUCCAUGAGGCAUUUGUGGAGAUCUAUGAAGCAGGCAGUAGGGUGGCAGGCUUAUCAGGAGCUGGGGUAGAUGACCCAAGUGUCUCUGAAGAGUUUAGGGCUGACCACCCUUUCCUCUUCGUGAUCAAGCACAACCCAAGUGACAGUGUCUUGUUCUUUGGCAGAUGCUUUUCCCCUUAAAGAGAGGAAAGCUGAAAGAGUUUCUGUCCCCCACAGCAAGACCCAAAGUGCUGCAGUAUCAGGGGUAAAAACAAACACUAACGUUCUC